AUGCCUUCCAUCGCAGAGGGCAAUGUUCUCUCCAACCAAGAGAUCCGACCUAGGGCCAUCCGAGUUCGCGACGACCGGCAACAGCGGAAGCACACCACCACCACCACCACCCAUCCAUCGAGUCACUCUCGGAGCCAUGCUCCCGCUCCCGCCCCCACCUCUGGUCCUGCUGCUCUCCUCGCUCUCAGCUAUGGCCAUGGCCAUGGCCCCUCCAACACUGCUCCUGUAUCCCAGGCCUAUGUUCCUGAACCUUCUGUCGACCCUUCUGUACCUCAAUCCUUUGCGUCUGGCUUCUCCAACCAGGGCCAUUCCUCUUCGAAUACCGACCUUGCUUCUUCAGACUCUGGACCAACCCAUGUUGACCAUGGAUCCCCUUCCCCAACCACGCUCUCUCCUCCGGCUUCUCCUGAGCCUGCGCCGAGAUCUCGGAAGUCUCUUCUGAGACCCCGCAAGUCUUCCCCGGGCUCUUUUGAGUCUCCCAUGAGCUCCACCAAGUCUGCUCCAACUACACGGCAUCCCUCCUUGCCGAUGGCCAGUACUCCAUUGUUCCCUCGAAUCAUGGCCUUCUUGGAGAAGAAUGCUACCCUCCAUGCCUGGAUAUGCAUUCUCUUCCUCGUCCUGCUCAUCAUUCUUAUUUGCCGCAACACCUGGCUUUCCUUCAUAGGCCGCCUCUGCGAAGUACAUCUUGCUUAUCUUUCUUUCGUUGAAGCGGCUUGUUCUGCGACUUUAGCUGCCACAGUUGGCACUUUCAAGAACUCAUUCGCAUACACCAACUCGGCGGUCGCAAAUAUCUACACCACAUUUUCGAAUCCGAUUCAUCAGGUCAGCAGCUACUUCAACCCACCACCGGUGAUCGGACAUGAUAUCGAUCGUGACCUGCCCCCGUUUCUUCCGUUCAUUGGCCAGUUGGUUGAUAGUUUGGAACUCACUCAGACGUGGAUCGGUCAUUUCGAAGAUUCGAUCCCGGCGAGUUCACAGAAUGAGCGCGAUUAUCUCGACCCCAAGAAGCUGGGGACUCUCAUUAUCAGAGCUCGUCGCCUCCACAAGGAAAGUGAGAGGCUCGGUGACAAUUUCGCAGAAGCUUUUCUCGGGGAAACAGUGACCAUCCAACAUCUCACAGAACAGAUGAGUGGAAACUCUCCCGUCUCCCCACCAGAUUCAGCACCGGCCUCUGAGUGGUGCUUGUGCUCAACCUCAUUUUGGUGGCGGCGUUGCCAGUGCGAGGAUGCAGUUUCCCAGAAGCAUAUGGCAGACUUGCUCACAACUUUCAAGUCGGCCCUCAAGCGCGCAAGAGAGACAGAGAACGGGCUCAAAGAUAUAGUCAUCAAAAGCAGCAGGUUCAGGGACGAAAUACAGCAGCUUCUUAAUCCACUCAAAAAGCAGGAGACUGCGAUUUACUCGUCUCACCUCGCGUCGACGAAGGCCCCAUCUCCAACUCCGGCCGUCACACCACCCCUUGAUCUUAUCACGAGCGCGAUCGACGCUGCUCAGCUUGUCCUUGGCGCCAACUGGAGAUUCCAACGCGCACUUCAGUGUCGAAAAAUUCUCGUCGACAGAGAGAUCGAGAAACUGAACUCCUGGAUCCUGCGGCUCAAGAAGCUCAAGAGGCGGCCUCUAGAGGAAUUGCGUUCUACGAGCGGGAAGGCAUGA